AUGAAAAAGUCUCAUAAAGGAAAUAAGGUUUUACAGCGGCUGCACUUCCUCUCUUUCAAAGUGCACCUCACCAACAUCCGAGGCUUGCACUCUAAUCUACCUUCAGUCCAUUACCAUCUUGAGACAGAGAAGCCGCAUCUACUAUUCCUUACGGAGACGCAAAUUAAGAACCCCGCUGAUGCAACAUACCUGAAGUAUCCAGGCUAUUCUAUUGAGUACAAUUUCAAGCCAAAAGCCGGAGCUUGUGUUUAUGUUCGCGACGAUAUCUGCCUUUUGCGUCUUCGUCAACUUGAAGAGCCCAGUUUUUCAGUCCUGUGGACAAUGGUGGACAUGGGCAUCCAUAAAAUCGUAUAUGCCUGUGUAUAUCGAUCGCACAGUGGUGACUUUGAGACAACUAGGUUACUUAACUACCUCAGUGAAGCUGCUGAUGAGGUUGGAAGCCGGUACCCUGACGCUGAAUUGGUCUUUCUGGGAGACUUUAACGCCUGUCACGCCGAAUGGCUAUUUCCAUUCCAAAAGACCGACCAUGCGGGUAGAGAAACAUUCAACUUUGCACUGACUCAUAAUCUCUCCCAGCUGGUUCGUGAAGCGACACGUGUUCCUGACAUCGAAGACCACACGGCAAACUGUUUAGACCUUCUAUUAACAACAAACCCAGACAGACACACAGUAUCAGUCUCUGCACCUCUAGGAUCAUCUGACCACUGUCUGGUGAAAACAGUAUCAAACUAUCCUCCUCCAGACACUACUACCAGUUACAAGCGGAGAGUAUGGAAAUACAAGCUGGCAGAUUGGGAAGAGAUGCGUCACUUUUUUGCAAGUUAUCCAUGGCGACAAGUCUGCUUCUCGUCGGCCGAUCCUUCCAGCUGCGCGGAUAAUGUCGUUGACGUUAUUCGUCAGGGAAUGGAGUAUUUUAUUCCUUUCUCUGACGUUAACUUUGAUGGCAAAGCUAAGCCUUGGUUUAACUCCGACUGCAUCACUGCAGAGAAACGGAAGCUCUUAGCUUAUAAAGCCUGGGUUGAUGCUCGACUACGCAAAGCUCCAGAUCUGCGCUCAAAAAAGAGGGCAUUUAAUAAGGCUGCCAAAUACUCCAAAAAGGUGAUCAGAAAAGCUCGAUUCGACCGAAUUCAGAAUAUUGGCAGGAAACUGAUAUCCUACCCUUCAGGUAGUAAGGCUUUUUGGUCUCUUGCCAAGAUUGUCGAGUCAAACUUCUGUCGUCCUUCACUACCACCGCUACUCAAAUCUGACGGUUCAUUGGCACAUAGCGCGAAGGAAAAAGCUGAUUUAUUGGCAUCACUUUUCGCAAAUAAUUCGCGUCUGGAUUCUGGGAAUAAAUGUCCACCAGUAAUUCCGCAUUCUGGCUCAUAUAUGUCUAGCAUUAAUGUCACACAAAAGACAGUUCUAAAAACACUUCGUAAUCUAGACGUAAACAAAGCCAGCGGACCAGAUGGUUUGCCAGCGAUAGUAUUUAAGAACUGUGCGCCGGAGUUGUCUCCUGUCCUCACACGCCUUUUCCGCUUAUCUUUAAAAUCGGGAAUAGUUCCUAAGAGUUGGAAAGUAGCAAAUGUUCAACCUGUACCCAAAAAAGGUAGUCGUGCUGAACCCACUAACUAUCGGCCAAUAUCAAUAACCUCCAUACUCUCUAAGAUUAUGGAGCGUAUAUUGAAUGAACAACUACUCGCACACCUAGAAGCCAACGACCUCCUCACGACCGCCUUUACGGUUUUCGCAAAAAGAGGUCGACUGGCGAUCUUCUAG